GCACGCAAUUCCCCCAUCUUUAUCUCUCUCUCUCUCUCUCUCAUAUUAGAACCAGAAUUCCCAUUAACUGGAAAUAAGAUAUCAUCUUAAAGCCAAAUGCGACCUCCACCAUCAUCAGUAGCAGCUAAAAACGAAAGCCCCGAAUACCCGGUCCUUUCAUCCACAUCCACUCCAACAUGUAAUCCUCAUACCUGUCGUUGGAAGCCUUACGCCAAUUCAAAUAACGAUUUUGAAGCCAACACAAUCCUGGUCCUCAUCAUCCUUUUCUGUGCACUCACAUGCGCUCUUGCUCUCAAUGCCGCCAUCCGCUGCUUCUUACGAGGCAGUUCCCAGCAACGUUCCCCUGGGUCAUCCGACCGCCUUUCAGCUCACCAGAGAAAGCCAACGAUUGAGGUAGCGGAAACCUCAUUGGUGGCAGCUCCAACGCUUGUGUAUUCAGCUGGGAUGAAGCUAGCAGGAGAAGAGGCGGAGUGUGUGAUUUGCUUGUCAGAAUUUGUGGAGGGCGACGUGAUUCAAGUUCUGGAAAGAUGUAAACAUGGGUUCCAUGUGCAGUGCAUCCAACAGUGGUUGUCUUCUCACCACUCAUGUCCCACUUGUCGAUGCAAUUGUCUGUCUUCUUCUCCAUCGUCACAACAACUUAUCCACCAUAAUUCUCAAUUAGCUGUGCCCCAGACCGGGCCUUCGAUUCUGUAAUGUAUGCAGUUGAGGUUUUUUAUUUUACUUGUAAAAGUUUCAGUAUUACUAUGUAGCUAUAACGAGAUUUGCAAACAUGAUUAGUGCUAAGAGAAUCUCUUGUUUUUA